CUUUACUUAAGUACAACAACACACCAGCCAGGUUAGUGCGUUUUUUUAGCAGCGAUCGGUGGCUGGGACAUCUCGACCCAACCACCUGGGAAAUAUUUACCCACUUGGAAGUACAUAGUAGCAGCUUUAUCUGCCCGUCUGUCCGAACCUACGAGACUGAUUGAUCAAUCCUCAACUCUCGCUCGACUUUCUUUCCCUUGCCGCUUCAGCUAGCUACAUUCUCGCCCAUGUUGGAUAGACUAUCUUCAUUUGCCAAUUCACAUCUCAUCUCUAUCAUUUCUUUUUGUCGGCUUGUGCCUCCCUUGGACUCUCGGUUCUGGCGUCAGUCAACCAGUCUUUUAAGUCUCUUUUAAGUCUGAAACCCCUCCCGGCCACUGAACUGAACGUAACCUCAAGGUCGUCAUCGUAAAACAACGGCGAUGGACCCUUACACCGCCGCCGCCAACUCCCAGCAGUCACAGCCACCGCCGCACUCGCAGCCACCACUGCAACAGCGGGAUUCACCUCGGGGCGUGACUCUAGAGGACAGGCCUAUGAACUCCCACCGCCGAAACAACUCUCACUUCGGUAGUCACGACGACUUCUACGCAUUCCUCGACAGCAACCGUGGUCCAUCAAUGGCGCCCAUGGGCACCAGCGUCAGCAGUGCCGGAGAGAGGAGCCCCCCUCCGGCACCCAUGCCACCAACUCAACAGCAACAACAACAACAACAGCAGCAGCAGCGGAAUAAUAUACCCAGCCAGAGCCGCCCGCCCGUGACCAACAUCUUCCCAGAGCGCUCGCGUCUCUCCACCGGCUCAUACUCUGGCAGCCGGUCCGAGGAAAUCCUCGUCGACAGGAACUCGGGUGCUAAGAUGGCUCGUCAGACCCAGCGACGUGGUGCCCCUACAUCAAAACAGCCUGCGAGAUCACAGCAGCGCACCACCUCACCAACGCCUCCCGUGUCCGGUGGCUCGUCACCCACACACCCGCACAGUAGCCGGCCCGUCUCCGGUAAUGGCGACCGGGACAGCAACGGAGCACCCAUCCCCCGCCUUAAGAGCCCAAGUGUGCUUGAAUGUGUGCUACAGCCCCUAGACCAGAAGAUCCGCGAGUAUGACCAGAUCAUGCGAAGGGAGCAGGAAGAGGUCAAACGUCUAGAUGAGGAACUCCGCAUCCUCCAGGAGCGCCGCGCAGAAACGGAGAAGCGGUUUGGCGACGCUAAAGCCAAGCACGACGAGUAUCAACGGCAGUACGCGGACGUUGAGCGUGCCAUGUCGGGCGAGCUGCCCAUGUCGCCUCCUAGAGAGAUCCAGCCACUGCAGCGCCCAACCACGAUGGCAGGCCCCGGACCGCAGCAACGGCCCAUGAGUGCGCGACGCUUUGGGGAUGACGUCGAAGGUGAGGAUGACGAGGACUAUGAGGACUUCGCCGCACCACCUUUCGGACCGGGCCGUCGCAUCAACUCACAGCAGUCCUUCAGUCGCGCAUCGCAGAAGACGGGCAAGGAACGGUUCCGGUUCAGCAGCCUGUUCGGCGGUAACCGAUAGAGUCGCUACCUUCCGCGCCGCGUCAUGCGCAUUCCUCGUCCUCGACCUUGGGUCGAGUAUGAUACGUACCAUCCCCCUCGUCCAUAUUCUGAAUGCGAUGGACGAUUUCGCAAUUUUUAUGAUGAACUAAGCGAUACAUCCUAGCUGAGUGGCAUGAGUUUCAGACUGUAACAAAAAAAUUAUGGGUUAAAACAGCACACAUAGAGUUGGUCUAACGUUACGUUUACGUCAUGUCACGACUUGUUAUGAUCCCAUUCCCGUUCAACCAACAUAUUUAGAAAGAGCAUGAUAAUGAUAGCGGUCACCGAAUCAGCUGCCCCUUGGGUUAGGUUACUUUAGUAUACAAACAAUAAUGAAGCGCUCAUUCUACCUUUCUGACUGACA